CACACUCUGCUCUCCGCUCCCGCGCCGCCAGCAUGACGGACGCGCUGCUGCCCGCGGCCCCCCAGCCGCUGGAAGAGAAGGGCGACGGCUACUUUCGGAAGGGUUGCAAUCCCCUUGCACAAACCGGCCGGAGCAAACUACAGAAUCAGAGGGCCGCCUUGAACCAGCAGAUCCUGAAAGCCGUGCGGAUGAGAACAGGAGCAGAAAACCUUCUGAAAGUGGCCACAAACCAGAAGGUACGAGAACAGGUACGCCUAGAACUAAGCUUUCUGAACUCAGACCUGCAGAUCCUCAAGGAAGAACUGGAAGGACUGAACAUCUCGGUGGGAGUUUAUCAGAGCACAGAGGAGGCAUUUACGAUUCCCUUGAUUCCACUUGGCUUGAAGGAAACCAAGGAUGUUGAUUUUUCAGUUGUACUCAAGGACUUCAUCCUGGACCAUUAUAGCGAAGAUGGUUGCUUGUAUGAAGAUGAAAUAGCAGAUCUGAUGGACCUGAGACAAGCUUGUCGGACACCCAGCCGCGACGAGGCCGGUGUGGAGCUGCUGAUGACUUACUUCACCCAGCUGGGUUUCGUGGAGAGCCGCUUCUUUCCCCCAACCCGACAGAUGGGGAUCUUGUUUACCUGGUAUGACUCCCUGACAGGGGUUCCUGUCAGCCAACAGAACCUGCUGCUGGAGAAAGCCAGCAUUCUGUUUAACAUCGGCGCCCUCUACACCCAGAUCGGGACCCGGUGCAAUCGGCAGGCGCAGGCUGGGCUGGAGAGCGCCGUGGACGCCUUCCAGAAGGCCGCAGGGGUUUUAAACCACUUGAAGGAGACGUUUACUCACACCCCGAGUUACGACAUGAGCCCCGCCAUGCUGGGCGUGCUGGUCAAAAUGAUGCUUGCACAGGCCCAGGAAAGCAUCUUUGAGAAGGUCUGCCUUCCUGGGAUCCAGAACGAAUUUUUCAUGCUGGUGAAGGUGGCUCAGGAGGCUGCCAAGGUGGGAGAGGUCUACCAGCAGCUGCAUGCGGCCAUGAGCCAGGCCCCUGUGAAGGAGAACAUCCCUUACUCCUGGGCCAGGCUGGCCUGUGUGAAGGCCCACCACUACGGUGCCCUGGCGCACUACUUCUCGGCCACCCUGCUCAUCGACCACCAAUUGAAGCCUGGCGCAGAUGAGGACCACCAGGAGAAGUGCCUGUCCCAGCUGUACGACCACAUGCCGGAGGGACUCAUGCCCUUGGCCACGCUGAAAAACAGUCACCAGCGCCAGCAGCUGGGCAAGUCCCACCUGCGCAGAGCCAUCGCCCUCCACGAGGAGUCCGUGAGGGAGGCCAGCCUGUGCAGGAAGCUCCGCAACAUCGAGGUGCUGCAGCAGGUGCUGUCCGCGGCUCACCAGCGCUCCCGCCGCAAGUAUGCCCAGCACCAGGAAGACGACGACCUGCUCAACCUGUUCCAGGCUCCCGACGUCAUCUCUAAAACUGAGCAAGAGGUUGAAAUUAUCCUGCCACAGCUCUCCAAGGUGACAGUAACAGACUUCUUCCAGAAGCUGGGUCCCUUAUCUAUGUUUUCGGCAAACAAGAGAUGGACACCUCCCCGAAGCAUUCAGUUCACUGCAGAAGAAGGGGAAUUGGGGUUCACCUUGAGAGGCAACUCCCCAGUUCAAGUCCACUGUCUGGAUCCCUACUGCUUGGCUGCGCUGGCAGGAGUCAAGGAGGGGGAUUAUAUUGUUGCCAUUCAAAGCGUGGACUGUAAAUGGCUGACAGUGAGCGAGGUGAUGAAACUGCUGAAGAACUUCGGGGAGGACAACAUUGAGAUGAAGGUCGUGAGCCUCCUGGACCCCACCUCGUCCAUGCAUAGUAAAUGUGCCACAUACUCCGUGGGAAUGCAGAAAACCUAUUCCAUGAUUUGCUUGGCCAUGGAGAACGAUGACGACAAAACUGAUAAAAACAAGAAAAUCUCGAAAAAGCUUUCUUUUUUGAGUUGGGGCACUAAUAAAAACAGACAGAAGUCCGCCAGCACCCUGUGCCUCCCAUCAGUUGGGGUCGUGAGGCCUCAUAUCAAGAAGAAGCUCCCUGCUCUCAGCCUUCUCAACAAUGACAGCUUUCUGUACUAAUGUGAGGACACUUCCAGUAAUGACUAGGCCUUCAUAUUUGUGCCAUAAUGGAAAAAUUUCUAAAUAUUCUCAAAUCCUGCUUUCUCACGGUGUAGAUAAAUGAUGUCUUUAAGAGUGAAAAUAACAAAAUUAUAGACGUUUAUGGGAAAGCAACUUAUUCAAGGAGUGUCACCACAUUGCUACAAGUUAUUUAUUAUAAAGUAUUGUAAGUAGAUUAGUGCUGGAAACAUGCCUAUUUUUGACGGCUAAAAUUAUGACUUUUAGUUACUAUCAGAAUAGAAUUGGAGUUACUUAAAAUAGUUCCCAGGUUUGGGUAAUAGAUCAUUCCUAACCCAGAAUUCAGAUGACCCCAAAUUAAGGCAAGUUUGGGGGCUAUGAUAGCCUGUAAUUAGUUACCAAAGCUGCUGACGGAAAUUCAUUAACCUAAAACGACAGGAUUCCACUACUAUUUCUACAGAAUAUGAAUGCUGUUUCCAGAUAAAGUCGAGUGCCAAACUUCUCACAAUUUAUUAGAUUAAAAAAAAUUAGAAGCAGCUUUUCUUCAAGUUUCAUGUCAUUUAAAAGUUGCUAACAGUGGCGGUUUUAGAUGAAGAUGCUGUCUACAAGGUAGAUAAUAUACUGUUUGAUACUCAAAACAUUUUCAUUUUGUUUAAAGUCAGAAGUACAUAAUUAAAUUAUAUAUUUUGAGAGUCUUUAAGAUGGGUUAGAAACUAGUUUUACAUUUUAUAAGGGUAAAGAUAGAUGUUAAAUGAUUUCAAGUUUUAAAACCCAGACUUUUCAAAACGACAUUCUUAAUUAAUUUCUCUUGCUAUAGGUUGGAUGAUACUGUGAUUCUACUAAGAUUCACUGUUGACAUAGUACAAGUUAUAUAGCUAAAAGAAAAAGCAUUGAAAUUAAUUGAGAACUAACAAAAACUUACGUGUUUUCUAUUGUGCAAUGCCAAGAGGGAAAGUAUAUUCACUAUUCUUAGGGCCAUUUUUGUAUAAUUAUUUAAAUAAACAUUCUUUUU